GCGUCUCGCUUGCUAGCUCCGCGGCGCUCUGAGGUGUGCGGGGCAUCGAGACCCCCGUCCCGGUGAGGCGCGGCGCGGCGGGAUGCGGCGGCGGCCGUGGCGGGGACGCGGGCCGGGCGGGCGGACGCGGUGAUGAGCGUCAGCGGCCACCGCCAUGUCCAAGGUAACGGCGCCCGGGCCCGGGCCGCCGGCGGCGGCAGCGGGCGGGAAGGAGAAGCGCUCCUUCAGCAAGCGGCUGUUCCGGAGCGGCCGCGCGGGCGGCGGCGGCGGCGCUGGGGGCCCCGGGCCGGCCGCGCCCUCCUCGCCCUCGUCGGCGCGCUCGGUGGGUAGCUUCAUGAGCCGCGUCCUCAAGACGCUGUCCACGCUCUCGCACCUUAGCUCCGAGGGCGCCGCCCCGGACCGCGGCGGCCUCCGCAGCUGCUUCCCGCCCGGGCCCACGGCCGCGCCCACGCCGCCGCCGUGCCCGCCGCCGCCCGCCUCGCCCGCGCCGCCCGCCUGCGCCGCGGAGCCGGUGCCCGGGGUGGCGGGGCUCCGGAACCACGGCAACACGUGCUUCAUGAACGCCACGCUUCAGUGCCUCAGCAACACCGAGCUCUUCGCCGAGUACCUGGCGCUCGGCCAGUACCGGGCGGGGCGGCCCGAGCCCUCGCCUGACCCCGAGCAGCCCGCGGGGCGCGGCGCGCAGGGCCAGGGUGAGGUCACCGAGCAGCUGGCGCACCUGGUGCGGGCCCUCUGGACCCUGGAGUACACCCCGCAGCACAGCCGCGACUUCAAGAGUAUUGUGUCAAAGAAUGCACUGCAAUAUCGAGGGAAUUCCCAGCAUGAUGCCCAGGAGUUUCUGCUGUGGCUUUUGGACCGAGUUCAUGAAGACCUCAAUCAUGCUGUGAAGCAGAGUGGCCAGCCUCCUCUGAAGCCACCAUCAGAGACUGAUAUGAUGCCCGAGGGACCAUCUUUUCCUGUCUGUAGCACUUUCGUACAAGAACUUUUUCAAGCCCAGUACAGAUCUUCUUUGACAUGUCCUCAUUGCCAGAAGCAGAGCAACACUUUUGAUCCUUUCCUCUGCAUUUCUUUGCCAAUUCCACUACCCCACACAAGGCCUCUGUAUGUCACUGUAGUGUAUCAAGGGAAAUGUUCUCACUGCAUGCGGAUUGGUGUGGCCGUGCCUCUGUCUGGGACUGUCGCCAGACUUCGGGAAGCAGUGUCUAUGGAAACAAAGAUCCCCACUGAUCAGAUUGUGUUAACAGAAAUGUACUAUGAUGGGUUCCAUCGUUCCUUUUGUGACACAGACGACCUGGAAACAGUCCAUGAAAGCGACUGCAUUUUUGCCUUUGAGACUCCAGAAAUAUUUAGGCCUGAAGGAAUUCUCAGUCAAAGAGGAAUCCACUUAAACAACAACCUAAACCACUUGAAAUUUGGCUUGGAUCAUUAUAGACUGUCUUCUUCUACACAAGCAGCAGCAAAGCAGGGGAGAGCGGACUUAACCCCCACGACAGCAGGAAGCGACAAGAUUGUUCUGUUAGUGUGUAACCGAGCCUGCACUGGGCAGCAAGGGAAAAGAUUUGGACUACCUUUUGUGCUGCACUUAGAGAAGACAAUAGCAUGGGACCUUCUGCAGAGGGAAAUCUUGGAGAAGAUGAAGUAUUUCUUGAGGCCCACAGUUGGCAUUCAGGUGUGUCCAUUCAGUUUGCGAGUGGUCAGUGUUGUGGGAAUAACAUACUUGCUGCCCCAGGAGGAGCAGCCCCUGUGCCACCCAACAGUAGAAAGGGCACUAAAAUCUUGUGGACCAGGUGGCACUGCUCAUGUGAAAUUAGUGGUAGAAUGGGACAAGGAGACAAAAGAUUUCUUGUUUGUAAAUACCGAAGAUGAGUAUAUCCCUGAUGCAGAAAGUGUCCGGCUGCAAAGGGAGCGUCACCAUCAGCCUCAAACUUGCACUUUAUCCCAGUGUUUCCAACUCUACACCAAAGAGGAGCGGCUUGCCCCAGAUGACGCCUGGCGUUGCCCGCACUGUAAGCAGCUGCAGCAGGGGAGCAUUACCUUAAGCCUCUGGACUCUGCCUGAUGUGCUCAUUAUACAUCUAAAGAGAUUUCGACAGGAAGGAGACAAGCGUAUGAAACUUCAGAACAUGGUGAAGUUCCCUCUGACUGGCCUGGACAUGACACCUCACGUGGUUAAGAGAAGCCAGAGCAGCUGGAGUUUGCCAUCCCAUUGGUCUCCAUGGAGACGGCCCUACGGACUCGGGCGGGACCCUGAGGACUACAUCUAUGACCUGUAUGCUGUGUGCAAUCAUCACGGCACCAUGCAAGGGGGGCACUACACAGCAUACUGCAAGAACUCCGUGGACGGCCUCUGGUACUGCUUCGACGACAGUGACGUGCAGCAGCUGUCGGAAGACGAGGUCUGCACGCAGACGGCGUACAUCCUCUUCUACCAGAGGCGGACAGCUAUACCGUCAUGGUCGGCCAACAGCUCGGUGGCAGGCUCCACAAGUUCCUCCUUGUGUGAACACUGGGUGAGCCGUCUCCCGGGGAGCAAGCAGGCCAGCGUGACCUCUGCAGCUUCCUCCAGACGCACCUCCCUAGCCUCGCUGUCUGAGUCUGUGGAGAUGACUGGGGAAAGGAGUGAAGAUGAUGCGCUGUUUGAAAUCUUCAGAGCAGCUGUGAGGGGACUCAGCGAGGUUGUGGUUUGCCGAGGGCUGCCUGGUGUGCGGGGCCUGGCGUGGAGGCUCCUGACUGCUCAGCUUCUCGCCUUCCCACCACGCUCUCUCCCCUGGAGGGAUCUGUGGUGUGCCCUUGUGGGUGCAGAGCAUCUAGAACAAAAGCUGUUGCCUUUGCAUAAAGGAGGUUUCUCAACUCGACCGUUCGUGAGAAGCGUCCAGCGCCAGAGCUUGUCAUCCAGAUCUUCUGUCACCAGCCCCUUGGCCGUCAAUGAAAAUUGCAUCAGACCUUCCUGGUCCCUGUCUGCUAAGCUGCAGAUGCGUUCCAGUUCCCCUUCCCGCUUCUCAGGGGACUCUCCGAUUCACACCUCCGCCUCCACCUUGGAGAAGAUCGGGGAAGCAGUGGACGACAAGGUUUCCAUUUCUUGCUUUGGUAGCUUGAGGAACCUGUCCAGCAGUUACCAGGACUCAAGCGACAGUCACAGUCGACGGGAGCACAAGGCUGUGGGUCGGGCCCCUCUGGCUGUCAUGGAAGGUGUGUUCAAAGACGAGUCAGACACCCGCAAGUUGAACUCCAGUGUUGUAGACACACAGAGCAAAAGCUCAGUACAAGGGGAUCCAUUGCCCCCCAUAUCGGGUCCAUUUGAUAACAAUAACCAGAUUGCUUAUGUGGAUCAGAGCGAUUCUGUAGACAGCUCUCCAGUCAAAGAGGUGAAACCUCCAGGCCAGCCAGACUCCCUCGCAAAGAAAUCGGAGAGCACAGCCAGCAGAUCCCCUGGCUCCAGAGGCGCUCCUGAGCCAAGCAGAAGCUUGCGGAAGGGGAGGCCAGUCUUGGCCAGCCAGGAAUCAUCUCUUUCCAGUACAUCCCCUUCUUCUCCUGUUCCUGUAAAAGUUUCUGUAAAGCCCUCCCGCUCCCGAAGCAAAGCCGAUUCUUCUUCCAGGGCCAGUGGACGGCAUUCCUCCCCUGCCCGCCAAAAGGAGUCCUCCCCCAAGUCCCAGGACUCCGUGUCAUCUCCUUUGCUCCAGAAGCAGAAGUCAGCUUCUUCCCUCACUGACAGUGCUUCCUCCUCAUCCGCCAAAAAAGCCUCAGGCCCUGCCCCGAGGGGCCCCUUCCCUCCUGGGAAGAGCAGGACUUCAGACAGGAGCUUAAGCAGAGAGGGCUCCAGACAGAGCCUGGUUUCCGACAGAGCCAGCGUCACCUCCAGCCCCAAACCCAGUUCGCCUCGCGUGAGCCAGACCAGAGCCGGGGACGGCAGGGGGGACGGAAAGCACGUCCGCAGCUCCUCCAUGGCCAGCCUGCGCUCCCCCAGCAUGAACAUGAAGGCCGGUCUGAAGAGGGACAGCAAGUCGGAGGACAAGGGGCUGUCCUUCUUCAAGUCAGCCUUGAGACAGAAGGAAACCCGGCGGUCGACGGAUCUUGGCAAGACAACCUUGUUGUCCAAGAAGGUGGGUGGGAGCUCAGUCAAGUCCGUCUCUAAGAGUGCAGUGGAUGACAAGGCAGAGAAAGGCUCCCAGGCGCUAGGCUCCCAGCAGCCAAAUGUGAAUGCAGUUGGAAAAGAGCAGCUUGCCUCCAAGGACCCUGCUUCUGCUAAACAUUCCCUGCUGUCCGCUCGCAAAUCCAAGUCUUCCCAGCUAGAUUCUGGAGUGCCCUCGUCUCCUGGUUGCAGGCAGUCUGCUGAGAAAUCCUCAAAAAAGUUACCUUCUAGCAUGCAAACCAAUGCACGGCCUUCUCAAAAACCUCAGUGAUAUUUCUGCAAUCCAAGUGUUUUAUCUGUAAAGAUGUUAAUUUAUUUAGAACCCCUUCCCUCCCACCAAAGCCCUCUAUGCUUUUGUUUUGUAUUUUUUGGGUCACGUGCCUGACGUACGUGUGUGUGUGUGUGUGUGUGUGUGUGUGUGUGUGU